AUGACGGAGUCGGUGCGGCAAGGCAUCAAUAAUGCUCUGCUCAUGCGCUCGAGGUCGGUGAAACUGAUGAAAGAUGAGGAGGUGGAUAACGUAGAGGUCAAGAAGCGCAUGAAGUUGAAGCUGCAACUUUUCUCGACGCUGAGAGAGACAGAGGACGAAGUGAAGUCGAUUAAGAAGUUGAACAAUGGCCGUUUGAUGAUCCUCUUCUUCAACGCUUUCAUCGCUAUGGUUGGACUUCUCCUGUCCAUCGUCAUCUCAGAGACUUGUCGCUACGGCUACAUCCCGACCAGCCAGGAGAUGGCUCAAGGCAUGCUCAACCCGCUCGAUGAUCCAUCAACAGGCUGCAGAGACAAGCCGAGAAGGAUUGUAAUUUUACAGUGUUUGAUCUCGCUUUCUACCGCUGUACUAGCCUCGACGAUCAUCUACGGCAACUACAAGCACUACAAGAUGCUUAAGGCGAUGAAAUCGUUUGUGUUGACACGACAGACCAUGUCUGUGGAGUUCUUUGAGCAGAUCAAAGAGUUCAAAGCGUUCUACUGGAACGAGAUGAUCCUCUUUGAUAUCAGAGAAAUCGUCCUUUGUUGUCUUGUACAUCCAUUCCCUUGGUUCUUCAAGACUAUCACUGUCGAGCAGAUGAAUAGGACAAGCAUCUACCAAUUCGAAUCUCUCAUCGUUAUCUUCAUGUUCUUGAGACUGUGGCAUAUUGCCAAGUUGCUGCUCCAUCUGUUCUACAGAUUUUAUUUCGAGGAGAGCAUCUUUGUGCUGGGCAACAGCUACGAUCUCGUCAAGAUGUUCGAGCAGAAGCCUUACAUCUCACAUGUUCUCAUGUUCAAGACCUUCCUACGAUGCCACCCUGUGAAAUGCAUCUCGACUUGGUUCCUCUGCCUCUUGUUCGUUGCUGCCUACUGCAUCCGUAUAGCCGAAAGCCCUUCCAACUACCUUCACUCGGUAUACUUCUGGAACCAGGUUGCGUUAUCCCAUCCUCACUACAACGUGGUUCUGACAAUCAGACAACGACGGGAUAUGGCGGUGAAGGAUGCGCAGGAGAGUGUGAGACGUUUGACAUUUGCGGUAGAUAUGUAUCCCUCCUCUCACUUUGGCAGAUUGAUUUGCAUCGUCGUAAUGUUGCUGGGGAUUCUACUGGUUUCAAUCACCACAGCCAUCAUGACGACCAAGCUUUCUCUCACGCAGAACGAGACUGAACUGCUGAAAUACUCUGAGCUGCAAACAUUCAAGAAAGCAGCUGUCAUUGCAAGCGUGAAGUUUUUACAGCAGAUCUACCGGACGAAUCGAGGAAAGCAGAAGAAAGAUCCCAUCCUGCUGAACAAGCUGAGGCGAGCCUUGUUCAAGACCGCCUACCUCUACAACAUCCACUUGUGCGCCCAGGAGUCACCCGCAAGAAGUGGAAGAAGCGCGUCGGAGGCAGCAAGAAGGAAAAGAAAAGGCUGCGGGGGAACAGGGCGAUUGCAGCAGAUCAUGGAUAGACAGCAGGAGCUUCUGGAGUGGAAGGCGACGGUAGACUCCAAGAUGGAGGCGCUGCAGGGCUCGUUGGACGAGAUUCUCAGCCUCCUCAAGGCCAGGGAUCGUCAGCCCAUCACCUUCAGGACUGAGAUCAGCAGCUCGCACGUAUCUCCAUCAGCGGGAGCAGCGGGAGAAGGAGCGGAAGGUGGGCAAGCCUCCGGCCAUGCCGUUAAGACGAGGAGGAGGCACUCAUCGAAGCCCAAGACCAUCUCGACUGAGCUUCUCAGCAUUCUUCCCAGCAUCGACUACAGUCUCAGUCGCACACGGUCAAACAGCAAGUCUAGGGAUGAAGAUCCCGAUAUGGCCAAGUUGCGGGAGAGACUCAGGAGGCAGAGCCUGAAACCGAGCCCGACAGCAUGGCGCUCUAGUGAAGAGAUGAAAUCGCAACUCCGAGGGUUUUCAUCCAUGUCAUCAUUCGCCAACGUGUGA